GCCACAUUUCCUGCCCCAACUGCCAUAAACUAAGUAACUAACCACCAGCAAAAGCAGAGUACUCUGUUUUAAAGAAAAAAUACACUUCCCGCUCUUUCUUCUUUUGGUUCUGUGCUGUUUUGGUCUUCUCCAAUACAGGAACCCCAAAUGCAUCGUUUCCUUCCUUGGAUUAUAAUUUACGAAAAAUCCAAUCAUAGAUCAUUAGACUUCUAGCAUUAGCAUUGCUAACAAGAUGGACCCGUCGUCAAGCUCCAGAGCACGGUCAAUGCCACCGCCGGUGCCUAUGGAGGGAUUGCAGGAAGCAGGGCCUUCUCCUUUUCUAACAAAGACGUUCGAGAUGGUUGGUGAUCCAAACACAAACCACAUUGUGUCUUGGAACAGGGGAGGCAUCAGUUUUGUCGUGUGGGAUCCACAUUCCUUCUCGGCCACUAUUCUGCCUCUAUACUUCAAGCACAACAACUUCUCCAGCUUUGUCAGACAACUUAACACUUAUGGAUUCAGAAAGAUCGAGGCAGAGAGAUGGGAGUUUAUGAAUGAAGGUUUCUUGAUGGGUCAGAGGGACCUUCUCAAAAGCAUCAAGCGACGAACCUCCUCUUCUUCCCCUCCUUCGCUUAACUACUCUCAGUCUCAGCCCGAGGCUCAUGACCCAGGCGUCGAGCUUCCGCAGCUCCGAGAAGAGAGGCAUGUCCUAAUGAUGGAGAUCUCGACGCUCAGACAGGAGGAGCAAAGAGCGAGAGGCUACGUCCAAGCCAUGGAGCAGAGGAUUAAUGGAGCAGAGAAGAAACAGAGGCAUAUGAUGUCCUUCUUGAGGCGUGCGGUGGAGAAUCCUUCCCUUCUGCAGCAGAUUUUCGAGCAGAAGAGAGACCGAGAGGAGGCCGCGAUGAUUGAUCAGGCUGGCUUGAUCAAAAUGGAAGAGGUGGAGCACCUGUCGGAGCUGGAGGCUCUGGCGCUUGAGAUGCAAGGAUAUGGACGGCAACGGACUGAUGGUGUGGAGAGGGAGCUUGACGACGGGUUUUGGGAAGAGUUACUCAUGAACAAUGAAAACUCCGACGAAGAAGAGGCGAAUGUGAAGCAAGAUUAG